AUGAGUUUACAGCACCUCUUCCCAUUCCUCCUCCUCCUCCUCCCUUUCUCAUGCCUCCUCUCUGUCUCUUCAUCCCAAGCAACCUUCCAACGUUACCUUGAUUGUCUUCCAGUCCCAUUCACUUGUGGAGAUCUCCAUAUAAACAUAUCCUAUCCUUUCCGCAUAGAUAGCAGGCGUGACUACUGUGGCUAUCCAGGCUUCUACCUCAACUGCACUAACAACACCACCACCCUGACAAUCACCAUGAGUGGCACCUUGUACGUAAUCAAGGACCUUGAUUACUUCAACCAUAUCAUCACCAUUAUGAACUCAGACUUCUCCAACCAUACCUGCCCCUUGACAUACACUAAUACCACCAUAGACACCACCAUCUUUGAAUUCUAUAACCAAAACCAGAUGCUCAAUUUAUACCUUAACUGCUCUUCACUAUCAAUCCCAUCCUCUCUAAUGAGCAUUCCUUGCUUGUUAGAGAAAACGGGUAAUCACUCUUACUUUAGUUUACUGAGUGAUGGCCUUCAAGGUUUCCUUCGAAGGUGCUCAUCGACUGUGAUUAUACCGGUGAAGAAGGAAGCGGCUGAUCGGCUAUCUAACAAUUCUACGGCCUUCGGUGACGUGCUGCAGGAGGGGUUCAUGGUGAAAUGGAUAGCCGGAAGAGGUUGGUGUAGCUUCUGCACAAAUUCCGGCGGUGUUUGUGCCUACGACGGCAACGAUCCCUUAGACCAAACAUGCUACUGUCCUUAUGGUUCAACCACGGGUGUUUGCUCCAACGGAGUGACUAAUAGGAUCAAAAAGAAGCGUAUAAUCAUAGGUGCUCUAACAGGUGUUGCUGCCAUCAUUACACUAAUAUUCAUAUGCUUGUGCUACUCUUACAGAAAGAGGCAACAAUACUCUUCUGCUCUCCUUGAUAUUGUAUGCUGGCGGAAUACUAGUAAAGAUCAAAUCAUAGAGACUUUCUUGCAAAAACAUGGCACACUGACCCCAAAAAGAUAUAGCUAUCCGGAAGUGAAGAAAAUAACAAGGUCCUUCCAACACAAACUAGGACAAGGUGGCUUCGGAAGUGUUUUUAAAGGUAAUCUUUCAAAUGGACAUGAUGUGGCUGUGAAACUCUUAAAUAGAAUUGAUGGGGAUGGAGAGGAGUUUCUUAAUGAGGUGGCCAGUAUUGGGAGGACAUCCCACAUCAACAUUGUUAGUCUUGUAGGCUUCUGCUUCCAAGGAUCCCAAAGAGCUUUGAUCUAUGACUUCAUGCCCAAUGGCUCUUUAGAGAAGUACAUUUAUGUUGAAGACCCAAAGACAAUGCUUGGAUGGGAGAAGUUGUUCCAAAUAGCAUCUGGUAUCGCUAGGGGUUUGGAGUACUUACACCGUGGUUGCAAUACUAAAAUAGUACAUUUUGACAUCAAACCUCACAACAUACUCUUGGAUGAAAAUUUUUGUCCUAAGAUUUCUGAUUUUGGACUAGCUAAAUUUGGUACGCACAAAGAGAGUAUAUUGUCCUUGGCAGGUGCCAGAGGAACAAUAGGAUAUAUUGCACCUGAAGUAUUCUCUAGAAAUUUUGGAACUAUUUCUAGUAAAUCUGAUGUCUACAGUUAUGGUAUGAUGAUCUUGGAAAUGGCUGGAGGGAGGAAAAAUGUAAAAGUGACUGCAGACAGGACUAGUGAGAUUUAUUUUCCUCAUUGGAUUUAUGAGCACCUUGAUGAAGAUGAAGAUAUGGAACAUUAUGGAGUGACAACAGACAAACAAGAUAUUGCAAGAAAAUUGAUCUUGGUGGGUUUGUGGUGCAUACAAAUUAGACCAGAAUCUCGACCGACAAUGACUAAAGUGGUAGAAAUGUUAGAGGGAAGCAUCAAUGAUUUACAAUUGCCGCCAAAACCAUACUUAUUUUCUCCUUCAAGAUCAUCGCCAUCUACUUGA